AAUGAGCAGAAACAGAGCAUCGUCGAGUUCCGAAGCAGAGUUGCUUUUCUCCUUCAUCGCAACUAGUUCUCUCUCAAUAUUUAGGGUUUAAGUGAUUGACGAUGGACCAUCAAUGGUUCAAUGGUAGACAGGAAAUGAGUUCUCGAGAUAGACAACAGCAUGAAAAGGAGCAGGACUCCGUUGUUGAGGAUUUGUCAGAGGAUUUUCGCCUGCCAAUUAAUCAUAGGCCUACAGAAAAUGUUGAUCUGGAUAAUGUGGAACAAGCUUCAUUGGACACACAGUUGACGUCAUCUAAUAUUGGUUUUAGGCUUCUCCAAAAAAUGGGAUGGAAAGGAAAGGGUCUUGGGAAGAAUGAGCAAGGAAUAACUGAGCCAAUAAAAUCUGGUAUCAGGGAUCCAAAAUUAGGGGUUGGAAAACAAGAAGAAGAUGAUUUUUUUACUGCAGAAGAAAAUAUCCAACGAAGAAAGCUUGAUGUAGAGGUAGAUGAGACCGAGGAACAUGCAAAGAAGCGGGAGGUGUUAGCAGAGCGUGAGCAGAAAAUUCAAACUGAGGUGAAAGAAAUUCGCAAAGUGUUCUAUUGUGAUCUGUGCAACAAGCAAUACAAAUUGGCUAUGGAAUUUGAAGCUCACCUGAGCUCAUAUGAUCAUAAUCACAGAAAGCGUUUUAAAGAAAUGAGAGAAAUGCAUGGUACUAGCAGCCGGGAUGAUCGGCAAAAACGAGAACAGCAACGCCAGGAGAGGGAAAUGGCAAAGUUUGCUCAGAUGGCAGAUGCUCAUAAGCAGCAGCAGCAGCUGCAACAGCAACAAGAAGAUUCUGGGUCUGCCCCAAUUGCUUCCGAACUGAAAGGUGCUACCACAGUUGCAGUUCAGGAUCAGCGGAAGGCAUUAAAGUUUGGUUUUUCUUCUAAAGGUGGCACCUCCAAGAAUGCUUUUGGUAGUGCUGCAAAGAAGCCAAAAGUACCUGUUGCCUCGGUUUUCAGCAAUGAUAGCGACGAAGAACAGUGAGAGGUUGCUUUCGCAGCUCAGCUUCAGCAGUGUACCUUAUGUAAUGCUUGCAUUGCUAUAUUUAGGCAGUUCAUGUGAUUGCACUGUUAGCAAUUUCUUCUGUUUUAACGUUUAUGAGACACAUGCCCACAAGUUUAUGGACUUUUCUUGGAUAGGCGUAAAAUAUUGUUCACAUGUUUUUGUUUCCUGUAGAAAUUGAAAAAUAUUGAUACAUGCAAAUGAUUAAUUUGGUAAAUUCUAUAUUGAAUGUAUGACUAUAUUGAAGUUGAA